GAUGACGUUUUCUACUAUUUACACGUCGGAGUCAGUGACAUGGACAAACAUUCAUCAGCUGUCAAUUUGGAAGGAAAUAUUGAUACCCCAUCAUUUGAAAAUCAGACCGUAAAACAAAGGUGAAAAAUAAAAUAAUGGCUUUUACAUUGUCAAACACUAAUGCACGAGAGUGGUUUGCAAGAACAAGAGAGGGUAUUCGGCCAUGGGGAGAGUUUAUCAACACAAAACGGUUCCAAACCCCUAAAUCAGUUGCACCACUACCGAAGAGGAUUGUGAAAAACAUUGAGCAUUUCCAGAGCAACUAUUUGUUUGUGUUUAUCGGCCUUGUUGUGUUCUGCAUACUUACUUCUCCUAUGCUUCUUGUUGCCAUAGCAGCUUGCCUCGGUGCCUGUUACAUCAUCAACUUGAAAAAUCGUGACAACAAGCUUAAAAUAAUGGGUCGUGAGCUGACAGUUGCCCAGCAGUACAGUGUGGUAGGGCUGUGCUCUUUCCCGCUGUUCUGGCUGGCGGGGGCUGGAUCUGCAGUGUUCUGGGUGAUUGGUGCUUCAUUCUUUGUGAUCAUGCUUCAUGCCUCGUUCUACACUGGGGGUGAGGAGGGUGAGGCCUUUGAUCUUGAGAUGGAACCAGUGUGAGUGAUCUCCCUUCACAGAAUCUCAAAAUUGGCUCUCGUGUUGUGGUUGGUUUUCGUAGAAUACACUGCCUACCAUCGUAUUGUGGAAUGGAAUGCUGUCAUGGGACAAACCAUCUGACAUUAACUGUUAGAGUUUAUAUUUGUUAAAGAUUUCAGUUCAAAUAUUAAAAUAACUAUUGUAUUUUUGGGUUUUAUGUAUGAGGUUUUGUUGUAUAAAUUCAAAAAUGACAAAAGGUGGCUUUUAAUCAACAUGGUAACUAAGAUAUUGUUAAUGAAACGUUUCCUUGUUUGUGUGUUUUCAAAUGUUUCACUGACCAUUUAAUGAUUCUGAUAAAGUCGUCAACAAGUAUGCCAUAUUGUUUAUCUAUUGGGUAUUAUUUGACUACUUGUUUCAGAGACUAUUUUUGUAUACUUAUGUGUUUGUGUGUUUUUAACCUGAAUAAUUCUUUCCUUUAGUUUGUACCUGAUAAUCAGUUGAUUAUAAAUUUUCUGUGAUACAAUGGGCUUAAAACUUUAUCGUAUGCAUUUAUUUUUAUAUUGAUUGAAAUUAUAUUAAAUUGUUGACUGUGUAUUUAAUGUUUACGUAGAGUGUGAAUGCUUACCUGUAAAUACAGUGUUUAAGAAUAUUUAUUACAUCAUCAUAAUAAAGGAAUUUGUUGUGAUUGUGAAAUUAAAAUAAUUUUAAGGAUAGUGUAACAUUGUCAAAUUUUACAUCAGAGCAUACUGGUAUAUUUGUGUUUAUAGUUGUUUCAAUGUUUGUACACAACAUGUAUGGUUGUUAACUGCAGUCUCAGAGUUCUGUUGUUAAAGCUUCAGACUAAAAACUAUGUUUGUAAACAACAUUAAUUUAUAAGCAAAUUUGAACAGAUGUAAUCCACAUUAGAACAAUCAACUUGUGUUUUUGCUAUCAGCAGCAAUAAAUGAUAUGUAUACAUUACAUGUAGAAAAACAAAUUGUGUAUUUUAAAUGAUACUCAUUUGUGUGUCUUAACCGUGACAUACAGUAAAUGCCAACAUAUUAAAAAAAGUUGUCUUAUGUGCACUAAUACUGCAUUGUGUAUUGAAGGGACCUUUCUCCCUUUUGAUAAAUUUACAAAACUAAAGAAAAUAAUUGAGAUUUGCACAUUUUCUUUGUAUUUAGUUUUUUAGCAAGGAAACAGUUAUACUGAACACUAAAAAUGCUCUCAAAUUACCAUUAUAAGCAUCUUUUGACGACUUAAAAUCUAAAUAUUAUAAGGCAUUGCAAAUGUGAAAACAAUUGUAUAAUUUGGAAAGUUCUCAUCAUUAUAUUUUGUGACAACCAAGAUGUCUUAUAUACAGUAUAAAAUACGUUCAGUAUCAUUUCAGCAGGGAUGGCAGAGUGGGUUAAGUGAUAGACUUUUACUCCAAGAGUCAGUGGUGUCAGCCCAGUGUUGUUUUCUUUUUUUUUUCUUUAAUUUUAUUUUUGAUGUGUAAUGGAACUCUUUAGUUCUGAUGUUUACAUUGAUCAAUUUUAAGCAUUAAAUGACAAACUUCAAAACGUGCAAAAAUCUGUGAACAGGUCCUUUUAAUAUUCUUUUGAGGCAAUUGUAGUAACCAUUUGGGCAACAUAAGCUACAUUAUUAGAAUCUCCGUAUUAUCUUUUAGCUGUUUGUUCAUAUUUACUACCAGUACAUUUCAUAUGGGGAAAAUAAAGUACUAUGAGGGGAA